UCCCCCUUCGCCCUUCGCCCCAACGCUCAAACCACAUCCACACCUCCUCCUUUGCUCCUCCCUGCCCUCCUGCCCUAAUACCUUCCCCCCUCUCCUUGGUUUUGAUGUUGCCCUGCUUGCACACUUGAUUGCCUGCCUUGCAUUCCUGCAUCCUGCCCUCCCUUCUCUGCACCCCAUCCUCCUCAUAGUUCCCUCUACCCCAUAGUAACUUUUCCGUUUCACAUCGACAACACACAAGCACAUAACGUAAAGAUGCCAGCAAAGGGAGAGAUUAAGCGUCGCAAGAAGACCUCCAAAUCAAAGGAGGCCUCUAAUAAUAAUGCGUCCAAGAGCGAGUCUUCUUCCGAUGACAGACAAAGCAACACAAAAAACGAAGAAGCCGAAAACGUGGACGACAGUAACGACAAAUCCCCCAUCCAAGUCUUUCUGGAACACCCACUGGUCGUGGUGUUGCCGUGGUUUGCCAUUCCGUAUUUGCUGUACAACGCGUACUUUUUCCUCCAAUUGCAACGACCCGACUUUUUGGAACCGUUUGGAAUUUCCUUGCGUCCGCCCGUGGGAGUGGAGGAUCCCCGUCAAGUGUUGAUUGUGGGCAGCAUGAGCAGUGGGACCAUGCAAGUACAGCAUGAUCUCACCACACUGCUGCAAUUGGAAAUUGGCCACGAAUCGAGCAACAGUCAAACCGAAUUUGUGCGUGAUGGAACCGUCAGUUGGAUACACGUCAUGCGCUACUUGGAACCUCCAAAGUCCAAAGAGGGUCAAAUCACGGCCCACGAAAAUCUAUGCCAACAAUUAACUCCCCAAAUGGGAUUCCAUCCCGCCAUGUAUCGACCGUCGCAACUUGGGUGUAGUACACGACAAACAUGGAAUUCAUGCUGGUCUCAAGAAUGCUCUCAAAUUAUUCAACGGGAAUGGGGAUGUGCCCUCCCAAAUACUCCGCAGACUUGUCAAACUCCCUUUCGAAAGGUACUCCAUCAAGUCCGACAUCCACUGCGUACCAUCGAAUCCCUCGUGGUCAAAUUCUGUCAGGGGGGAUUGGAUGGAGACGUAUCACCCUCCUUCCAAAAAUUUCGACAAGCACUCUUUCCGGGACGUCAUUACAGUCCGGACCAUUCCUGCAUUGAAGCCGCCGCGCACUAUGUAUUGGCAUAUCAUCAUGCCCUGUUGACAGCACAAGCAUUUUCGCUGAUUGAUGCAAUGUUCCAAGUCGAAUCCAGUUCUCCCUGUGAUAUGGCUCGUUUGGCAGGAUUCAUCGCGACGGAUCAAGAGGCGGCAGAUGUGGUGUAUCCACCCAAUGCGGAAAAGGUGACGCGGAUAUGCGCCACCAACGAGAAUGCUCGAGCCAUCAUGACACCGAAAACGAACAAGAUCAAUGUUGGAUUGGUGUCUUUGCAAUGGGAAGAUCUUCGCGGUGGCAAGCAUGGCAGUGUGCGUGAAACGGGGGAUACAUCGUUGGAAGUGGAAGUGCGAGCCUUGGUGCAAAAGUUGGGAUACGAGGAAUAACACUUACUUUUGGAGCUCUGUGGGUGUGUUUUUGAAAGAAGACCGCCUACAGCUGGAGUACGGUGUCUAAUUAUUUCAAAACAAUUUUGUUUACUGUUUCCUUCCUCAACCCAGUAGAAAUUGGCUGGACUUGCCUUAUGGUAGGGAGUACGGUAGCAAGUAGAAUUGUCCACAUGUGCUAGCUUUCGCCAAGAGUGUCACCACGCCCAACUCCUGGUCCAACACCAGAACCCAUACCAGGCCCAGCACCAGUCAACUAUACAGUACCAGAAUUUGUCCUGAGACAACACCUAGCCCCACUCCUAGCUAGCUAGUCCAACAAGAAGUGCCAACUCCUGGCCCUGCUGUGGUCCCCAAUCAUGGACAAACAUCUGAACCAACUCCAGGAGCCGCUCCAGGACGUACCGAUACGACUGUACCCAACCUGACCGCUCUCCUAUUUUACCAAUGCCAAGGCGUCAAGGCCGACAAACGCGUAAAAGUUGAUAUCUUAACUUUGAGGUAUUUCACGCCGGCCCUCCUCGGAACUUCCAACACGAUCGAUCUUUGACAUUCCUUCCGCGUCGAGCAUUCACAAUCUUUGUUCGAGCAAAGUCAUCA